CGAAACAAACUCAGAGGUUCCUCCUCUCAGCCAUGAGACCAGAGCUACUAGUAAAAGAGGAUAACAAUGAACUUAAAUGUGAACUCCAAAGGAAGGAGGAACUACUCAGAAGACAUUAUGACAAGAUCAGCCAGUGGCAGAACUUGCUAGCUGAUCUGCAGGGUCACACAGUAUAUAAUAAAUGUCAGCAACAGACAGCGCAGGCGCCGCCCGCCGUGCAACAAGCGCCCGCGCCGCAACACGUCGUGCAACAGAGCGUACAGGCGCAACAAAUGGCCGCGGCGGCCGCGCAACAAGCAGUGCUACAGCAACAGGCAGCGUUACAGCAACAACAGGUACCCCGCCCCCCGCACCCGCCCGCGUACCCCGCGAACGUGCAACGUCGGUAGCUACUGUAACAUUGCUUUGCAACGAACAACGAUCUGAUGUGUUACAAGGUGUAACAGUUAAUGAAAGAUCUUUUAAAAAAUGGUUCAAUAUUUUGAAACUGAAUUACUUUUGUUUUAUACCAGUCUCCUCUACAUAAGAGGGUUUGCCAUAAUCUCCGCAGGCAGGCGGGUUGGAGGUCGCAGUAUAAAAGGUUCAGGUUUAUCAGAGAGCGCUGCUGCACGGUCUCUGUCUAAUGUGUAAUUUCUCAGUCGGGUAUAUGAAACCCGGGGAAAGAGGAAGGGUGGUGGUGUGAUGUGAUUUUACUCUUGCAUUACCAUACGGCUUAUUUUGUAAACUGCAAAUGAUCUUUUCUUAAAUUUCCAAAAGUAAUUUAUUUCGAUUGAUGAACCAACUUCUAAAAGGUCUAGCGUUUAUUCUGUUACACUGUGUAUACUCAAAAUGGUGAUUUAUUAAUCGCCAGGUGAUUAAUGUUAAUCAAUCAAUUGGUGAUUUGCGAUUUAAUCAUUCGGUGAUUGGCGAUUAAAAUUGUAAAAGUAUUUUUAUAAUUCAUACUUACUUCUACACACAAAACAAAUAUAUUUUUUGAUAGAUAUUCGACUGAUUUUUGUGAGACAAAAAUUUGUAAUUUGCCCAAUGUAAAUUGAACCUUAAUUGCAUGGCGUUAAAGUUGAUAGUUGUUAAUCUUUUCCAUAAUAUUUUGGUUUGAAUAUUUCUGUAAGAUGAAUCUUAAUUAUAAGUUUAUUUUAGUUUUAUUUUACAGUAUUAGACAAAAUCUGCAUUUAUAUAAUAAUAAAAUCUAAAAAUAAAAAUAUUUCAUCUUAAAUUUGAUUCCUGUGCUGCGAACGAAAGUCAACGCAUUUUUUAUAAUUAUGUAUUGAUGUGCCUCCGGAAAACAUACAGCAUUGCCUUGAAGAAGCAGUCGUAUACUUUCAGCUCCAUCUAUGAUCGACGUUAGUAAACACGUAGUUUUCACCUAAAAGUAACUAGAUGGCGUUAGGGUGCA